GAUGCUCCACGGAACCUCAUCUUGGAGCCGGUCGAUUCCGAAGUCUCCAAGAAGAAGAACCAGGAGCGGUUGGAGCGCAUCGUGAAGAAGGAGCUGACGCAUAUAAACACGGAAGACCCCUGGAAGAUUGCGCAAUACGUGGAAAAUGCCCUCGCCGCUGACAGGUUCGAGGAAGCCUUGCUGUUGACAAAGACUGCUGGCAAGGAUUGCCAGGUUGUCGUGGCCUGGAACCACCUCAUCGGCUAUCUGCUGGGCAAGCAGAAGCUGAGAGAAGCCAUCAAGCUAUACAAUGACAUGAAAAAAAGAGGACAACUACCCAAUGUUCAGACAUUUACAGUCAUUUUCCGAGGCUGCGCUCAGUCGCAGCAUCCCAAGCUUGCGGUCGCCGAAGCUGUCAGGCUCUACAACAUCCUUCUCAAAGACAAGCGCCUGCAACCAAACUCGAUACACAUGAACGCUGUUCUCAACGUUUGCGCGAGAGCCGGCGACCUCGACUCCAUGUUCCUCAUCGCGGAUACCGCCAAUGAGUCUACCCGUGCCCCUACGUCGUAUACGUACACCACCAUCUUAAAUGCUUUGCGGUUUCAGGCAAUCCGCGAUGGAGAGGUCAAGGAUAUCACGCCGGAGCAGCAGGCUGCAAAUCUGCAAAAGGCUGUGGAUCGCGGAAAGAGUAUUUGGACCGAGGUCAUUGACCACUGGAGACAAGCCCGAUUGGUCAUUGAUGAAGAGCUGGUGUGCUGCAUGGGUCGUUUACUCCUCCUCGCUCCUAAGCGGGAAGAUAAGAGGGAGGUACUCAACUUGCUGCAGCAGACCAUGAGCAUCCCCAACCUCGCUCAAGACACUACCAUGGAUGCAUUCCAGGAUUCCGAGAUGGAGAAAAUCUCAGUGACUGGCGCUGCAAAGAAGGUGCCCUCGACUAGAGCCGUAUAUGCUAUCCCUAGCCGAAACACCCUGGCUCUGGUUCUAACGACUCUGGCCUCGUCAAAGCUCACUACGUGCGGCAUCAAAUACUGGAACCUGUUGGUCCGCCAUUAUGGUAUAAUACCGGACAACGACAACUGGCUGCGCAUGUUUGGCAUGCUCAAAGUUGCCAAAGCCAGCGCUCACGCCUCCUCAAUCGUGAGCCUCGUUCCCGACGAGUUCAUCGACGCCAAGCACUACGAGAUCGCCAUGGAGACGUGUGUCCGCGACAACAUCAACCCCAAUGCCAUUGCCAAUUCAACCCGAGUGCUCGAGUCCAUGCUUGAGCGCCUCCCUAUCCCGGGUUUGCACGCUCUUCGCAUGUACCUGCGCGUUGCCCUCGUCAGCCAUUUCCAGUUCCGCGAAAGAGUCCAAAAGGGCGAUGAAGGAGGCGCCAAACGUGACUAUGGGCUGCAGAUAACAACCGCCCUCGCACAUCUCUGGGAGCCUUACAAAAAGGUUCAUUACCACUUUUUUAAAGAGAUGUCGAAAAGUAGCGAUUUCAGUUCAGGAGCAGUCUACAACAGCCAGCGCGAGGUCAUUGCCCUGGCACGUCUCAUGUUUAGCGCAUUCAACAAGGUCAUCUACGAGGAGAUGCUCCCCGAGAAGGACGCCAAGGAACUCCGCGCGGUUGGUGCAAAGAUUAACCGCGAGAUUCAAAAGUUUUACUCGGGCCGUGAAGAAAGAGAGCCCAACGUGCGAAAGACUCGU